AGUCCUUUAGACCGUGAUCAGCUAACCCCUCUUACCAAGGUCCGCGCCCGCUUGUCCUGCAAGCCCCGCCUUUCUUGCGACCCCCGUUGUGCUGCUGGACCCGACGAGCAGGGUUGACGACUCUGAUUGGCUGACUGAUAGUAAGCGCGAAAAACCUAAACUGUUGAAAAGCCGGGCUUGCGUGAGGGCGGAAGUGCUGGGCCCAUGAACGCCUUAGUAAGGGCGGAAGUAGAGGCCUCAGCGGAAGUGGCCGCAGUAAGGGCGGAAGCAGUGUGGCUGAGGUCUGAACUGUUUCCUUCCCGUCUGGGCUGCCGCCCACGCUGGGCAGCAGCGAUGGAACUCAGUGCCCAGUACCUACGGGAGAAACUGCAGCGAGACUUGGAGGCCGAGCUCGUGGAAGUGGAGGACACGACUCCUAAUCGUUGCGCGUCCAGCUUCCGAGUUCUCGUGGUCUCAUCAAAGUUCGAGGGGAAGCCGCUGCUUCAGAGACACCGGCUGGUGAACACGUGCCUAGCGGAAGAACUCCUACACAUCCAUGCUUUUGAGCAGAAAACCCUGACCCCAGAACAGUGGGCCCGUGAGCAGCAGAAAUGAGGGACCACAAUCUGCACAGCCAUUAAAUUUUAUGAAACAGG